AUGUCUAUCGACAGAUCUUUGCCCAUGGGCGGUUAUUGGCUUCGAGCACUUCCUAAAGCUCCUGACAAGGUCGAAGAAUGCGCCAUCAUGCUCCAGUCAGCCACAAUGGAGAUCCAACCUCGCGCUUUUGUAGACGACAUCAUAGAUUCUUACUGGGGGUACUGUCUGAUGGGCCAGCUUGAAGACCCUGAUCGAAAACUCCUCCGGUUCUACGAGGCUGGGGAAAAGCCCGAUUGGCUGGAUGGAGAUGUUGACGAGAACCCCGACUACCACUACGAGACGGGCUACAGCGAGCAAGGGCUUGACAGACCAGAUGAUCCACUGCAAGACAACACACGUCUGUUGGGCGAUGAGCGCCUCAGCUACGGCCUGUCGCUCAAAGCCCAGAAAAGGGCGGAGCUGAGAGAAAAGCGUCUGCAUGAACUCCAUCUCAAGGCAAGGGCUCAGCCCGAUAACUAUCUGGAUAACGACCACCCCCGCAACAAGAAUCGAAGGCACUUCACCUGGGACCUUGAGAGAGACGGUCCUGUAACAUGUCCUACCGAUUUGGAUCCGACUUGGACUCCAACUAAGCGUAAGGAGGGUCUCGAUCGACGUGAAGCCGAAAUACAACAGCUGUUAAGGGAAUGGGCAGAAGUGGAAGCGGCCAUGGCAGCCGGGACGAGACCGGUGUGUCCGGAGGCAAUGCUAGGGCAACCAGGGCCAUGGGACGAUUGGGACUCUGCUGGAUCCACCUUGACCACCGCUGACAACACCGAGACCACUAAGACCACUAGAGACGCUUCCACCCAAACAUCGGUUUUCGGCCAAGAACAAGCCGCGCCAUCAGAUUUGCAUGCCGCAACCACACCGGCAUUAUCGGAGCAGCUUGUAUUCAGACCAAAGUCACCACUCGUCGGCAAGCCCAUGAUCUGA